UCUUGACCGAAAAACAAAACAAACUAGGUGUUUCGGUGUUUUAUUAGAUUAUAUAGUUAUUUUCCUGUAAAUAUGUCUGAUUACGAUCAUGCACGCAUCAAGAAAUUAGUUUUAAAGGGCGAAAAACAUAAGAAAAGCAAAAAACGAAAGAAGGAAAAGGAUGAGGCGGGAUCUUCCAAAAAGCCCAAGGUGGUGGUGGACGAGGAUGCAGUGGAGCACGGUGGAUGGUGGGCAGCAAAGACAGCUGCCGACAUAACGGGAACAGUGUCUAUUGAGUUCAGCGAUAGAUGUUACCUGAAAGCCAUGGAUAAUGGUCUUUUUACUUUGGGAGCACCUCAUAACGCUGGCGAUGGCCCAGAUCCAGAAGAGAUUUUCACCGUGUUUCUCAUUAAUGACCGUAAGGUAGCCUUUAAAUCUGGCUAUGGCAAGUAUUUGAAAAUCGAAAAAGAUGGCAUGGUAACUGGGCGAUCCGAAGCUGUGGGUAGUAUGGAACAGUGGGAGCCAGUUUUCGAGGAAAAUCGAAUGGCCCUGCUUUCGGAAACCGGACACUUUAUGUCCAUCGAUCCCGAAGACGACGCCUGUGUUGCAUUGCGUAAAAAGGUAGGACAAUAUGAGAUCUGUAAAGUGCGGAGUAACGCCGCCAGGGAUGUUGUCAUCGAUACGGAGCCCAAGGAAGAAAAGGGGGACUUGGGCGAAGUUGAAAAGAAUUACGUAAAAAAGUUCCAAAAGUUUCAAGACAAGAAAAUGAGGAUUAAUCAAAACGAUGUAAAAGAACUCGAAGAUGCCAAGGCUCAGGGAUCCCUGCAUGAAACCCUUUUAGACAGACGCAGUAAAAUGAAGGCCGAUCGGUAUUGCAAGUAACCCUAUUUGGAUUUGUAUUCAUUCAUUAAAGAUUUGUGUACCAUUCAUAAAACG